AUGUGGAGGCAAUUUUUGCUCUAUUUCAGGACGCACCGCUACCAUGCAGACAAUUGUCAAGCAAAGGAGACUCUACAAAAUGAAAAUGAGGAGGACAUUAAAGCAGCACAGCAGUUUUUCAAGCAACCUAUGGGAUCAGAGCGGAUGGAGAUGCGCAAACGGCAGAUGUCUACAGCCCAGGAGACCUCAGGCUCUACACAGGCAGAAAACAACAUGGGAAAUAGAGGGUCCAACGCUUGCUGCUUUUGUUGGUGCUGCUGUUGCAGCUGCUCAUGUCUUACUGUUAGAAAUCAAGAUGAAGAGAGAGCAAGAAGAACAUCCCAUGAACUCCAAGCAGAGGGUAUUCCAAAUUGCGAGGAAAGCCCUGCUCCUACACUUGAAGAAGUAAACGCCUGGGCUCAGUCAUUUGACAAACUAAUGCUUACUCCAGCCGGUAGAAACGCUUUUCGCGAAUUUCUCCGAACUGAAUUCAGUGAGGAAAACAUGCUUUUCUGGAUGGCCUGUGAGGAACUAAAACAAGAAUCCAACAAAAGUGUCAUCGAAGAAAAAGCAAGACUAAUUUAUGAAGAUUAUAUUUCUAUCCUUUCUCCAAAAGAGGUCAGUCUGGACUCCAGAGUAAGAGAAGUUAUUAACCGAAACAUGCUGGAACCCUCACAACAUACCUUCGAUGAUGCACAGCUUCAAAUUUAUACCUUAAUGCACAGAGACUCCUACCCACGGUUUAUGAACUCUGCUAUUUAUAAGGACUUGCUUCGGUCCUUAUCUGAAAAAUCUAUUGAAGCAUAG